AUGCAACCAAUGCCUAACCCUAGAUCUCAACAAAUGAACCCAAUCAGUUCGACGGAUGAUUGUUUUCCAUACGAAGCUCCCAGAAAGCCGGCCAAACAUCGAAAACUGAGAGUAAGUUAGCUUGAUCCUUUGUUAAUUCUUUUCUCUUUACAAAAACUUUAACAUUUUCAGAAGCGCUCGGAAUUGAAACAUCAAACUCAUCAGAAAGUCCAGAAAAUUGCUGAUAUUCAAUCACAUAACGAUGGCAAAUAUGGGUUCCACUGUCCAGAUUGUGAUAUUGCUUGUAACAAAUCUCAUGUAAGUUGAAUUUCUCAAAAAAAAUCAAAAUUACCUUUAUAAUAUUUCCAGAUGCUCAAAAAAAUCGUGUUGUCAAUUGAAAAACGUGAAGCUCGCGAAAACUUCCGUCUCAUGAAAAAACGUCAUCGUGAUCGCCGUGCUCGUCGCGCUCAACAAGUAAAUCGAGAAACUGAAAACGAGUUAAUGGAACUUCGUAGAAUCCAGUUCAGUAAUUUUUUCAAUCAUGACGAUUUUCAAGAUGUUUUCAAUUUCGCGCCGGCUCCAAGAGUUGUGACACCAAUUCCGAGACAGGAAGCCGAUGGGCAAAUUCAUCCAGGAAAUUCUUCUUUCUAA